AUGCCGAAAGAACCUAAAGCGAAGCGUCAAAAGGAGAAAGAAACUCCUCCACCACCUCCCUCGGAUAAUCCUCGUCAAUGUCAUUUUUGGGUAAAACGUAAGAGGCGAUACUGUCAUCUUCCAACAAAGAUCGAUAAUGACUUUUGUGGAGAACACGCAAUUUAUGAUGCAAAGAGAAAAGACAGAGAACGUAUUGUCUGCCCCUAUGACCCAUCGCAUACAGUGAAUAAGGAUGAACUCGAAAAACAUUUAGAAAAAAAAUGUAAUGCUCGUCCUCCACCAAUUCCAUCAUAUUUCUCUUUGAACAUCAAUUGUACUUUACCGUUCCCUGAAUUUGAAGAAAAAGUGACUCUUUCACAUCUUUCUAAAGAAACAUUAGAUAUACUGAUAAACAAUGUAAAUCAAUGGUUUCAAAAGCUUGUCCCUAGUAUAAAGACGGAAGUGUUGGAUCAUCUUGUUUUAAAGGAAAAAAAGGAAUCAACUAAAAAUGGAAAGCAUGCGGUUCAGCAAGCUUCUUUAAUCGGUCAUUUGAAAAGGUUACAAUUGCUACGCAAAGAUGCUUGUUUCAUAGAAUAUGGAUCCGGUAAAGGUGAAUUGUCUUAUUUCACAAAAUUAGCUGUUCAGGAUGAAGGCUCGGCUUCUUUCAUUUUGAUAGAUCGUAAGAAUACCCGUUGCAAGUUUGAUAAUGUAAUAAGAGGCACUUCAGAAAAGAAAUCAUUAGUGAAGCGUAUUGGAAUGGAUAUUAAAGAUUUGGAUUUAUCAAAAUUAGACCUUUUAAAGGGUAAAGAUGUUGUGGUAUAUUCCAAACAUCUUUGCGGAUCGGCAACAGACAUCACUUUAAAAUCAUUGGUCAAUCACGCAAAGUCUAAUACAGAUGGGAAUCCGGUCAUCGGAAUUAUCAUAGCGCUUUGUUGUCAUCAACUUUGUCGUUAUCAUAUGUUUCCAUACCAAGAAUAUCUUCAAGACUUUGGAAUUACGGAAAAUGAUUUUAAGCGAUUAUGCGCAAUGAGCAGUUGGGCAAUUUGUGGACAAAGAUCAACUGGAGAUAAAAACUUUACCGUUGAGGACGAUGAAGACAAUCAUGCUUAUGAUGAGGUAGAAGAUGAAGAGGAAAAUAACAAAAUGCAUUAUUCUGGUUUAGAGCAUUCGGAAAGAGAACAAUUAGGCUACAAAUGUAAACGAAUUAUAGAUGUAGGGAGAACAAAGUAUUUAGAAGCAAAUGGAUUUGAUGUGGAAUUAAUUUAUUAUGUUGAACCAUCAACUUCUCUAGAAAAUUUGGCAUUGAUGGCUAUACCAAAAAACAAAUGA